AUGGCUUCCAACGGCGAUUUCUCCGACGAGGGAUCCCAGCCCGGCUCGCCUUUGCUCGAUGCCCACAAUGCCCGCGGAGAAGUUGAGGACCUGGAGCCUCUCGAGCAGGAGGAGAAGCCUCUCAAGUCCGCCAUGAAGAAGGCCGCUCCCGCUCCUCAACCUACGCGCCCAGAACUCCCCGAGCAGCCUAACCCGGAGACCCUCGACCUGUCCAAAUUGACGCCUCUUUCGCCUGAGAUCAUUGCCAGACAAGCUACUCAAAAUAUCGGCACAAUCGGUCACGUCGCUCACGGUAAAUCCACUGUGGUCAAGGCUAUCUCCGAGGUCCAGACCGUUCGUUUCAAGAACGAGCUCGAGCGCAACAUUACCAUCAAGCUCGGUUACGCCAAUGCGAAGAUUUACAAGUGUGACAGCCCUGAGUGCCCCCGGCCUACAUGCUACAAGAGUUUCAAGAGUGAGAAGGAGAUCGAUCCUCCAUCGUCAUCUCAGGUACCAUCAAUCCCUAGCCUACCUACAGUCACAACUUUUUCGUCGAUUGCCCUGGUCACGAUAUUCUGCUUUGCGCAGAUGAGCACCAUGCUUUCAGGAGCCGCGGUCAUGGACGCCGCUCUCCUCUUGAUUGCCGGAAACGAAACCUGCCCUCAGCCUCAGACUUCCGAGCAUUUGGCCGCCAUUGAGAUCAUGAAGCUCAACAACAUUAUCAUCCUCCAAAAUAAGGUUGAUCUCAUGCGCAGCGAUAACGCCCUCGAGCAUUACCAGUCGAUUCUCAAGUUCAUCCGUGGUACCGUCGCCGAUGGCUCGCCCGUUAUUCCCAUUUCCGCACAGUUGAAGUACAACAUUGAUGCUGUCAACGAGGCCCUUGUGCACACUAUCCCUAUCCCUCCUCGCAACUUCGAGGCUACUCCCCACAUGAUGAUCAUUCGUUCGUUCGAUGUCAACAAGCCCGGUGCCGAGAUCGAUGAGCUCAAGGGUGGUGUUGCCGGUGGUUCUAUCCUGACCGGUGUUGUAAAGCUGAACGAUGAGAUCGAGAUCCGCCCCGGUCUUGUCACCAAGGACGAGCAGGGCAAGAUUCAGUGUCGCCCCAUUUUCUCCCGCAUCGUGUCUCUCUUCGCUGAGCACAACGACCUCAAGUUCGCCGUUCCCGGUGGUUUGAUCGGUGUUGGUACCCGUGUCGACCCUACUCUCUGCCGUGCCGAUCGUCUUGUCGGUUUCGUUCUGGGUCACCGUGGUCGUCUUCCUGCUAUCUACACCGAGAUUGAGGUCAACUACUUCCUGCUCCGCCGCCUGUUGGGUGUUAAGACCGCCGAUGGCAAGCAGGCCAAGGUUGCCAAGCUUGCUAAGAACGAAGUCCUGAUGGUCAACAUUGGUUCCACUGCAACUGGUGCCAAGGUUAUCGGUGUUAAGGCCGAUGCCGCCAAGCUCAGCCUGACCAGCCCUGCUUGCACGGAAGUUGGCGAGAAGAUUGCCAUCAGUCGCAGAAUUGAGAAGCACUGGCGUCUGAUUGGAUGGGCCAACAUUGUUGCUGGUAACACCCUCGAGCCUGUGCAGCAGUAA